AUGAGUUCCGAGCCAGGCGCUCGCGGCGCUAGCCUUGUCCAAAACUGGCCUUGUCCGUAUACUUUAGGUUAAAUUUUGCCUUUAAUUGAAAAAUUUAACUCUUCCCAAGUCCUAGAUAGUUCAUCUACGAGGAAGAGUAAGGAAUUUUGUGAGCCUACUGGCGUGAUUUUGACUUGUCAAAGUCAGUGGGAGCCACACCACCAGGAUGUGGAAGUUUGUGACGCGAGGUAUCCGCGAGUCCUUGGAGCGUCGGGCCUGUCGCACCAACGUCUACUCCCAGAGCAACGAUGGCAAUGACGCUGUCGUCCCCGAGCAGCAGAAAACAGAGUGUCCCAACAGAUUCAAAAAGUUCAGGGUCAGAGGCUCGUGCUUUACCAAUUUUCAUAAAGAUCUCAAAGGCCCUUGUCCCGUGGCUCUGGUGAAACAACACUGGAACAAUCUUGGGGCCCGAAAAGAGAACGAACAACGAAAUUACGACGCCAAGUAUACCUGGUCAGAGGCUGUUGGCUUGUCAGGAAUUCUGGCCAUAGGCUACGUCGUCUGUCAGUCUCUCUUCAUACGCAGGAGGCUGUUUGAAUUUGAAAAUUCUAAUGUAGAAAAGUGGAAGAAGAAGCUGAUUACCGAUCCGCAAGUCCAGGCAUCUCAGAUACUUUCUCACUUUGUACUGCCAGGGCCACAGUACAUACUUCCUACUACUAAUGCUCUCAAUGAAAGCAAUAAACUAACUGCCCAACAGACCAAAGACACAUCUGAAGAUUUAGUUACAUCUGAAGAUUUAGUUGACAGUGCUAUAAACAUUGAACAGACUUAUGGCCCUAUAACAGCUGAAGAGGCUAUCAAAGAAGCUGUUGAUAAAUUUUCGUAUGUAAAUGAAUUAAUUUUGGGAGAGCAAGAAUUUGAUUCAGGACUCAAAGCAGUCGAGGAAGAACGUUACCAGGAUGCUGUACAACAUUUCAUUUCUGGUGCUAAUUUAUCGUCUGCUAGAAGUAUGUUCAACUUAGGAUUAUGUUAUGAAUUAGGAUUAGGAACUCCCAAGAACUUUAAAAAGGCUGUGAAAUAUUUCAAGAAAGCUGCUGACGAAGGUCAUGUUGAUGCCAUGUACAAUUUAGGAGUCUACCUAGCUCAAGGUAAAGGAGGCAUCAGUAUGAAUCUAGAUGCGGCCAAGUUUUGGUUCACACAAGCAGCAGAAAAGGGGCAACUCGAUGCUAUAAAAGCACUCCAACUAGAAGAAACCUUUGAUGGAAAUUCUGAGCAUAUAGAGAGAAAAAAUGCUAGCUAUGUAAAAGUCAAUACUGCAAAAAAAGUAAACAAUAAUUUAGUGUCUAAAUUAGCAAAUUAUAAGGCUGCUUUUAAGACUAGCAUUGGUACCAUAACAGAAUCUGAUGAGUUUUCAACCUCGUAUGAAGAUAACUUGAAUUCUUCAAGCCCUACUAACAUAUUUUUAGAAAUGCUUGGCAUAGAUACGCCGAGUGCCAUAUAUUCUUCAUCUCAGUUGUAGAAAAUGAGCAUUAAACAAAUUUUACCCGUGCAGAUGUUUUUUGUUAAGUCAUGUACAUCUCAUUUUAUACAUGUUAUCUCAUCACUAUAAUUAGAAAUAGGGAAGUUUCAGAUGAACGAAUUUUUGGCUCAGCAUGUACAUAGGCUAUACGUUGAUGAGUGUGUAAAUAGAAAAUUUAAACCUAUAGAAACAUUUACUGUGACUUAAAAUUUAAAUGCAUGUAUCAUGUCUAAUCUAUUUUACUUAAGUACUUAACCACUAUUCUUUUUAUUAACUGAUAUGUCCUACAGAUUGUUGAUAUAUCUGUGAUAACUUUGUUUACUGAUAAAGUGUGUAAAUACCACAGAAAACGACGAUUAGUCAUAAAGACGUAUAUUAAUUCUGUAAGAAAUGAUAAAAUAAAAAAUGAA